UGCAAUGGAGCUGGCUCAGGGGCCGGUGACCUUCGAGGAGGUGGCUGUGUAUUUCUCCAGGGAAGAGGGGACUCUGCUGGACCCCACUCAGAGAGCCCUCUACAGAGAUGUCAUGCAGGGGAACUAUGAGACGAUGGUCUUGCUGGCGGAGUUUCUGGUUUUCCAACGUGAUAUGAUCUCCCAGCUGGAACAAGGGGAAGAGCCAUGGGUCCCAGAGCUCCAGGGUUCAGAGGAAAGAGAGAUCCUGAGAUCUCCCCGCACAGAUGAGGAAACAUUAAACCAACUCAGAAUUAGUAAGUGCCUGAAGGAAACAUCUAGGAUGCCCUACAAAGCUCUUGGGAAGUCUCUCAGUUCAUUAUUGUCCGUAGCAGGGGUCGCAUCCGCAGGGUAAAUAUAGCUCAAGGCUUCCUAUAGAUGCUAGCAGACACCGGGCAGUAGCUUUCUCCCUUCCCCCUGUGAAGUUGGAUGGGAUGUGAAGGCUGAAUUGAUCCCCUCCUCUCUCCUGUUGGGGGGAGCUGAGUUCCUGAUUUUUAUUUGACCUCUCUCCAGCACUUGUUUUGGUUUGGCCUUCCCCUUUCCAUCCCUGUUUGAGGUUUCUGUCUCUAUCACAGCAGGUGAUGCAAUGACGUGUGAGGGUCAGCACAGACCAGAAAAAGAGCAGGGAAACCAGCCAGGGGAGAAAAUGGAUAAAUUUAUUUCCUGUCAGGGAACUCAGAAGGGCCUUAAGGAAACCAGAAUACAGCAGGAAAUCUGCAGGGAAAAGCAAAAAAAAAUACAUGUGCUGAGUGUGGGAAAAACUUCACUUACAGAUCAGGCCUUUCUCAACAUCAGAGAAUCCACACAGGGGAGAGGCCCUGUGAAUGCAAUGAGUGCGGGAAA